AGUUGUGAGGCUAUACGAAGCAUUAACACCGACCAUGUAUACAAGUUGAAGAAUAUACUACCUCGAGGAGAAUCAUAGUUGUCGUCGUCGUCGCGGUACACAGUGAGCAAGUGCUUGGCGGCGCUGAGCAGCGUGAGAAGGCGGGAGAGACGCUGGUGGCCAUUUUGAGAAAUUUGGGCGAGAGCAGGUCAAGUGCAGCUGUCAGACAGACUAUCACUGUCCACGCCCCGCUUUCAUCUCGUAUCCCGCGACAUAGUUCUUCAAUAUGGCGCCCAAGAAAGCUCAGAAAAUGUCUUUAAACGAAUUCCUCGGGGACAGCACCCUAGGAUCAUGGGCAGACGAAAUGGACUCUCUGCCCACCGCUCCUGCCGUACGUAGCGAUGACGGCACCCGUCCAGGUGAACGCAGGAGAGACGAUUUCCUCUCCUCUAGGCCUGACAGGUCCGGUCCUCCUCGCGAAGAUCUACCACUUCCCACGGAACCUCCAUAUACCGCGUUUGUCGGCAACAUGGUCUUUGACCUUACGGACAUGGACCUUGAGGAGUUUUUUGGUUCUGACAAGGUUAAAAAUGUGAAGAUCAUCAAGGACAGGGACGACAGGCCGAAGGGUUUCGGAUAUGUCGAAUUCAUUGAUCUUGAUAGCUUGAAGGAGGCUUUGGCCAAGUCUGGCGCUAGUCUUGCAGGUCGUAAUAUCCGAGUGAGCGUGGCCGAGCCACCCAAGGAGCGAUCUGGCUUCGGUGCUGGAGGUGGAUUUGAUGAUGAAAAGUUCGCAGGUAACUGGCGACGUGAUGGGCCUCUUCCUGACCUUCCUUCUCGUGGUGAAAGUGGUGGACCGCGAGGACGAUUCGAAGGACCCCCUUCUCGUGAACCUCCGCCCCAUGCUGUUGCCGACACCAUUAGUGACUGGCGAUCAAGUCGAGCACCUGCUCGUGGUCCUCCUCCUGAAGAGGGCCCUUCCUUCAAACGGCGGGGGUCAGGGUUCCGUGGCUCAGAUGCUGGCCCUGUUGGUGCUGCUGACUCAGAGGAGACUUGGUCGAUAGGCAGCAAGUUCAAGCCUAGUGGUCCUCCCGAAGAACGCUCCCCCGGCAGCCGGUUUGGAAGCCUUCGAGGAGGCCCACCUAGGGAGACUCCAAGCCCUCCCGAUGAAGAUACUUGGAGAAGACCCCACGCAAUCUCGCGAAACAGUACUUCACCCAACGCUUCAACUCCCCCAACCCCUCAGCUCGCUCGCCGUAAGCUCGAACUCUUGCCACGCUCCACUGCCACGUCUGCUGUUCCCUCCCCACUUUCAUCUCCUAAUCCUGCUACCACAUCCACAUCCACAAGCCACACUCGCACAAAUCCAUUCGGCGCGGCAAAACCCGUUGAUGUAUCUGCAAGGGAAGCGGCCGUCGAGGAGAAAAUUGAGAAGGGCCGCGAGAUCGUCAAAGAGAAGGUUAGUCAUAGUCACCAUUCAAUGUCCCGCACCUCGUCGCGGGCAGGCUCUCAGCGCGACGCCCCUAUCUCUCGCGCAUCCUCUGGCGCUCCCCCAUCCUCUCCCAAGCCAGAAUCUCCCAAGGUGCCUUCCGCAAACGCUACCAUUCGACCCUCCUUCAGCUUCGCCAAAGCUGCUGCUGGAAAAAAGGACGAGGAACCGCAGGAUGACGUGGAGGAGUUGGCGGAUAAGGUCGCCGAGACCAAGGUUGAUGACACCAGUGCUUGAUUUAAAAGUAAUAAGAGAAGUCAAGGGAAUCCCAAAAGUACUUGCUGAGGUUCAUUCUAUGUAUCUUUCUGGUAGAUCUUGGUGGCCACAUGUUCGCUAUCGCUUCCUCUCCUCAUCGCCGUCUGCAUCCUUCUUUUCGGAUGCUGUUUUUGUUUUGUAUGUAUUUCUCACUUAUGUUACGACGGAUGCCACAUUUGUGUGAAGUACAUGACAAUGUUAAUGCACUCUCCUCUCACCAUUGCAACUUGC